AUGGAUCAACAACUCUUAUCAGACAAAAGCUUUCCACUCUUCAAAACAACUCGCAAACCCUCCAAAAACCCCUCAACCGCCGCCGCUACCGCCGUAAAAAACCCUAACUCCCACGCCGAAGGUCACGAAAACCACCAAGACACCUCCACCGUCGCUGCCACCACAUUCGCCGAUCUCGGACUCUCCGAAUGGGUGGUGAAGACCUGCAAGGAGCUCGGAAUGCGGAAGCCGCGGCCCGUGCAGUCCACGUGCAUCCCGAGGGUCCUGGAGGGCCGCCACGUGUUCGGCAUCGACGAGACCGGUAGCGGCAAGACCGCCGCGUUCGCCCUCCCGAUCCUCCACCGCCUCGCGGAGCAUCCGUUCGGGGUCUUCGCCCUGGUCGUCACGCCCACGCGCGAGCUAGCGUUUCAGCUCGCGGAGCAGUUCCGCGCCCUCGGCUCCUCCCUUCACCCCCGCAUCUCGGUGGUGGUCGGAGGCAUGGACAUGCUCAAACAGACCAAGGAAUUGGUCGCUAGGCCUCACCUCGUUAUCGCCACCCCUGGGAGGAUCAAGCUCUUGCUCCAAGAUAAUCCUGAUAUUCCUCCCAUUUUCUCUAGAACAAAGUUCCUUGUCUUGGAUGAAGCAGAUCGAGUCCUGGAUGUUGGUUUUCAGGAGGAAUUGAAAGUUAUCUUUCAGUGCUUACCAGAAAAUCGGCAAAACCUGUUCUUUUCUGCAACAUCAACAAGUAAUCUGCAAAAGUUGCGUGAACGUUACCAAGAUAAGCUUUAUGUCUAUGAAGCAUAUGAAGGCUUAAAAACAGUUGAGACACUUGAACAACAAGUUAUAUUCAUCCCUAAAAAGGUGAAGGAAGUAUAUUUGAUGCAUAUUUUGUCUAAAAUGGAAGAUAUGGGCAUUCGGUCUGCCAUUGUAUUUAUCUCCACAUGCAGAGAUUGUCACCGUUUAAAUUUAAUGCUGGAAGUGCUUGAUCAAGAAGCUGCAGCUCUAUAUUCAUUCAAAUCACAGACUCAGAGGCUUGAUGCACUUCAUCAAUUCAAAUCAGGAAAGGUUUCUAUACUACUAGCAACUGAUGUUGCCAGCCGUGGCUUGGAUAUUCCUACAGUUGAUCUAGUUAUCAAUUUCGAUGUUCCAAGGUUUCCACGUGAUUAUAUUCAUCGUGUUGGCCGUACUGCAAGAGCAGGAAGAGGAGGACUUGCUUUGAGCCUUGUCACCCAGAAUGAUAUCGAUCUUGUUCGUGAAAUAGAAGCUCUUAUCGACAGGCAACUAGAAAUGAUUGAAUACAAAGAAAAUGAGGUGUUAUCUCUCAUGAAAAAGGUUUUCAGUGCUAAGAAUGUGGCAGAAAUGAAGAUGAUGGAAGAUGGCUUUGACGAGAAAGCAAAGGAGCGGAAAAAACAGAAACUGAAAAUGCUAUCAGAGAAAGGAUUGUUAAAGAAAAGAAGUAAAAAGAGAAAAAGAAAUAAAGAAUUUGCAGAGGAAGGAAAAAAACAGAAAAAAGUGGAGUUGGAAGCAUCAGCAGACGCAGCAUCACUAAAGAAAAUAAGUAAGAAGAGACAGUAAAUUAGUACAUUUGAGGAAUUAGUACUUUAAAAGAACAGAUUCUUUAAGCACGGGAAGGAUAAUUGGAGAAAAAAGGCUUCAAAAGAGACAAAAUUCAAAGCCAAAAGAUGAGGAGAGUUAUGAGUAAAGAAGCGGACGUAGAGGAGAGUUAUAAGUAAAGGGUAGUAAUGUUUUGGCAAGUAAUAACAGUGGCACACAAUUUGGAGUUGUAUUCAUAUCUUCCCAAGCUGACAGGUUUUGAUUUGUCUGAAUAGGUUAGACUAACUCAACAAAAUUACACUUCACAUGUGAAUGGUGUGCGAUUUUGGUUAAUAAGAUCUUAUAUUAUAGGUUGAAUGCGUUGUAAUAUCAAAUGAUUCAGAUUUUGACACAACAAAUUCGUGCCAUUGUUUUACUAUAUGUUUUGUUUUUUCAUGUGAUUUUGAUUGUAUUAUAUUAUAU